AUGGCUGCUCCUGUUGCUAUAGGUACAAGAGGCACUAUUGGAUCUCUCGUGAGGAAGGAAAUUGAAUACUUCACCAAGUUUGAGUUAGACAGAAGAGGAAGUUCAAAGAAACCUCAGCAGCACUUUGUGGACGUGGACAUGCUUUCUGGCAGAAGUUAUUCCAUGUCCAGGCCCAGUUUCUGGGUCUUGCUAACAACCUGGAAGAGAAGGAAGAGAAGAGGCACAAGUGGAAGUGGGUUCCUUCCCAAAAUCUGUUCUGUUGCAGAAGUAGCUGAAACCAAUCAAUUAAGCAGAAUUCCUGGUUACAGCUACCAGAUCCUCAAAAAUGAUAUUAACACUUUUCACCUCUAAGUGACACUGAGUUAGCAUGCAUGCAGCAUUUUGUGAGGGACAAAA